AUGGCGCCGUUCUCGCUCUCCGCGCUUCUGAACCAGCCGCACCCCGCCGUCCGCGUCGGCCUCUUGCGGUGCCGGAGCCGCCGUCCGGCUCUCUCCUCUUCCGUGUUUCGUCGCCCGUUGGCCCACUUCGGAGUGUUUCCUCAUAGGUUGGAAUCCUCCGCAGGUCCCUCAACAAGCUUGAGCCGCCUCUCCGAUUCCUACGUUCUUCCCCAGAAGUCUGGAAUCAAUGGAAACGGCUUCCUCGUUCCCAAGUCGGGCGCUGCCCACAGAACCUGCCGUCUUGUACGCUGGAGCGGGUCGAUUGCUGCAGCGGCGUCAGUUGAUAGCCAGGUCGAGUAAGUGUUUUUCUUCUCCAUUACCCCGACUAUUUUUAUGACACAGUUAAGAGUCUCGAGAAAGGAAAUUAACAGAAUGUAGGGAUUCUCCAUCCAGAUUUAUAGACUAGUCUACCGAACAUGAUUCCCUUUACAAAUGUGUAUUUACAUCCUCUAUCAUGGACCAAAUUUCCUACAUUCAACGAAUGUAGUAAUCAUGUGAUCGUGUUGAAUGUGGCUGAAAAUUAAUUUUCUUAAUCAAGAAGGGCAUACUCCAAUGUGCGUAAAAUUUUCUCAGUCUAAUUCUGGGAUAUGGAAGUAAAUGAUAAAGUGUUCCCAAAAUAUUGAUGAGUGAAUGGAUUUACGUCUAAGAUCAGUACACUAUUCGGAGUUGGGUGUUUCCUGCCUCAUAUUAUUGAUGGGAAAAGGUUAUAUGCGAAAUGCCCAUCAUAUUUUGAAUUAAUAGAUGAGAGAGAAAAAAAUCAGAAAACCUCGGAAAUACCUUUAGAAAGUCAUUAAACAUUAAAUAUUUGUUGUCCAUUCUCACCAGUUUAAAAAAAUGGUAUCAUGAACUUGGAUUUUAAGGUGAUAAAGUCAAGCAAGGCCUCCUAUAAUUGAACUUUUCAAUGUUUUUUUCAUACUUAUGUUUUCAUUUUUGUAGUUACCAUUUUUUGUUCUAUUGUAUGAAAUUUAUAGAUUUUUUAUGAAUUUUAUUUUUAUGCUUUUUCGUAAAUAUGGUUUAGACCGGUUCAUGCAUGGUUGAUCCACUGGGUAAAAAUACAGCCGAGCACGUAUGACAUUUUUCUGAGCGAAAGUCACAUUCCACAUCUCUUGGGCAUUUGUGUGGCUCGCAUUCAGCUGAAUGUUUCAUUGCAUGUGCGUGAGUUGUUCCCACCCUGACUGCGCAUGCACGAUUUGGGCACAUUUAUGAUGUCUUGCUUGCUUUCACUAGGUGAUAUGGCACGUGACAUUUAAGAUGUCUUAUUCCAGGGCUUUGCAGCAAAGAUUUAGGCACUCUAACCAGUUCAAGGGUCCCAAGGUGGUUCCCAGUACCUAACUAACCUUAUCUUCACUAGGUGAUACAUUGAGAAUCAUGUUGGGACCUCAAAAUGCGAUCAUUCGCCUUUUUGACAGAGGGAAUUUCCAGGCAAGUUGUAGUAUAAUCUCUGGAUUUUUCAUGACAUAGAUGUCUGCUCUGGGGUGAUAUCUAUAUAUAUAUAUAUAUAUCAUGUGCCAAAGGGUAACAUCUGACUCCAAUCACGUUUCAGUACUCUUUGGAUUAAAUCGACUAAAUAAAUGGACACAGUUGAAGAUUUGUUUCAAAGUUUUUUGGUAAAAUGAGAUACUGGAACUAUUGAGUAAAUUGCGUGAAUGAGUAGCGAGCCAGAACUUUCUUUGAGGGUCGAUGGACCUCUAGAAAGUUCUGGCAUGCAGUAUUGUUAAGUAUCUUGAUAUAGGAUCCAUUAUUUAUGAUCCAGGAGAUGCAAGUGCUAAAUAAUUCAAGUUGCAAAGCUUACUCUAUCAGGGAUAUACUUAGACUUUUUAUCAUAAAAGUUAUCAAGAAGAAUGUCACAACUGCGAUGUGAAUCAUGAUCUGAUAAUUGCUUAACUCCUUAAAUGAGUGAAACCUGUGUCAUGAGUUCAAUAAACAUGUAGACCCUAUUCAAUACAACAUUUACUUCACAAAUUAACUCCCCCAUUGUUAUUUGGGAAAGCAUCCUUAGCAAUGUUUUCCAUGGUCCCCAAAUUUAAGUGUCCAUGGCAAGCAGCGUUUAUAGUAGUACAUAGUUCUGUUUGACUUAUCAUGUGAUGUUUUUUCCCAGAUAUGCCAACCUAGUAUAUAACGACAGAUAUAUUGCACUUCUAUUAAUUAGGAGCAUAAAUCAAUUGAUUCUAUACACGUAUAUGUGUACUGUCAAUGACAACUUGAUCUACCUGAUGGAUCCAAUGAUUCCAAUCUACCUUCUGAUUUAUUAAAUAUGAGCACCAGCUACUUUCUCUAUCAAUGUCACAAAUUUCUUGUUCAGUGAUUCAUUUUUCAAAAAAAUUGAAAAGGAUAUGCCUGUCAAAUAUCCCAAAAUAUAUGUUGGAGGAACAUGCAGAUUUCUUAUGAGAAAUUUAAAAUUAUGCUUACCAAUUUGAAAGUUACAAGCGUGCAAGUCUUUUUUUAUAACCAAGCACCUUUUUUAAAAGGCCACUUGUUCAACCCAAGAAAGGUUACAUUAGUUUUGGGAGUUAGGUCCGAGUACUGACUUCUUAAUAGCUUUUUUCCGAAGUUUUUGGAGAGAAUUUUUUUUGAUGAUGCAUCACUACCGCAGAAACUUUUGAGGUGACGAGAAAGUUUAAAACCACCCUUCUUCAGGGUACUCAGUCAUUAAUAUUUUCGUUGCUAUCAUCUCACAUGGCAUUUUGGCAUAUUAAUCUAGGCCUAUUUAUAAAAUUCUAUAUUCAUGAGUUUCCGUGUAAGCUUUGUAGCUAACUCGGCAUUCUUCUUCUUCUUGCUUAUUUUUCCUCCUCUUAACUUCUUUUGUUUUUAUAUAUUCCGGAAGUAAUUUGUCUUCUACUUUGGUGGCAUUAUGGUUGUAUUCAAAGAAAUGUUUUGUAUUUUGUUAAGGGUUUAGGAGAAAUAUUUUUCUGGAAAAUCAUGGUGCGGUAUUUUUUUUUUUUUGAAAUAAUAUGUCUACCUCUUUUUCUUUUAGUUUUAUUGGUUCAAGUGCUGUUUAGAAAAUGAACAUGGAUUAUGGAGUUUGAAAAAGUAUUAAAGAGAGUUUCCCCCUAUUCUGCUUUCUCAGCUUGGCACCAACGUACAGUUCGGUCCCGCACAAAGGUCGGAUAUACCAUGAGACAUAUGGAUGCCAAAUGAAUAUUAAUGACAUGGAAAUAGUGUUAUCUAUCAUGAAGAAAGAAGGUUACGUGGAAGUUGUGCAGGACCCAGAGAGUGCAGAAAUUAUCUUUAUCAAUACGUGUGCCAUCAGAGACAAUGCUGAGCAGAAAGUAUGGCACAGGCUUAACUACUUCUGGUUUCUUAAAAGAGAAUGGAAAAGCAAUGUUUCUACUGGAAGGGCAUAUUCUUCACGUCCUCCGAAGAUAGUCGUUUUGGGGUGCAUGGCGGAGAGGUUGAAAGAUAAAAUACUGGACGCAGACAAGAUGGUAGAUGUAGUUUGUGGACCCGAUGCGUACAGGGAUUUGCCUCGUUUGUUGGAAGAGGUUGAUUAUGGACAAAAGGGUAUCAACACUCUUCUAUCCCUCGAGGAGACAUACGCUGAUAUUAGUCCAGUCAGGAUUGCUAGCAAUUCGGUCACUGCAUUUGUUUCAAUCAUGAGGGGAUGUAAUAAUAUGUGUUCCUUUUGCAUUGUUCCGUUCACUAGAGGAAGAGAGAGAUCUCGUCCUGUGGAAUCAAUCGUGAGAGAGGUUGGUGAGCUUUGGAAGGAAGGAGUGAAGGAAGUAAUGCUUCUGGGCCAGAAUGUGAAUAGCUACAACGAUGCUUCAGAGCUCAAAGAUGUUGAACAUGGAAGCAACUGGCAACUUAGUGAAGGGUUUAAGAGCAUGUCCAAAGUUAAGACCAUGGGAUUGCGAUUCUCGGAUCUCUUGGACAGACUAUCCACCGAAUUUCCAGAGAUGCGUUUCCGAUUUACAUCCCCACAUCCCAAGGAUUUUCCUGAUGAUCUUCUUAUUCUGAUGAGAGAUAGGUAUAAUGUCUGCAAAAAUAUUCAUCUGCCAGCGCAAUCAGGGAACACACUGGUGCUUGAAAGAAUGCGCCGUGGUUAUUCACGAGAGGCAUACUUGGAUCUUGUGGAGAAAAUCCGGAGUAUCAUUCCUGACGUUGGGUUAAGUAGUGAUUUCAUUUGCGGUAAGUAUUUGUUCAAGUUAUUUUUGUAUCAUCUUCCACAUUUUCCCAUGUUUGCUCUCUUAUUUAUGGUAAAGACCUUCAUUUUGAAUAUUUUCACUAUGGGUCGUCUAUUUCUUCAAAGCUGUAGCGGGCAUGUCUAAUAUAACUUCAACCCAUUAGGGUUUUCCGAAUUCGAUCUCUUAACAACUCUUUGCUUUAUUUUAUAUCACGAGGACGUGUGAAUUGCUUGUAUCAUGCUGUGCUUCUUUGAAAAUUUUCAUACAUCAUAGAAAUGCCUUCUCUAAAAGCACAAGGACGAGCCUUUAGCAUAUCCCUCUGCUUUUAUUGAUGGUAUGAUAGAUUGAAUGGGUACCAUGGACACAAAGAAUUGCACAUCUACUGAUAUAUUAUGUAUUAGUUCGUCUAGUAUUCCAAUUUCAUAAAACCUUAUAAUCUCCUACUAUAUAAGGACAAUUUGCAAAGUUAAAAUGUUUCCACUAGAUCAUCAGCAGAUUAAUUUUUUGAAAAGAACAAACGAUUUUUGCUCAUUUUUCUCCACCCUUGCAACAGAGAGCUUGGGUUUUCAACAUGUGCAUCCAUUACAUCCCCAAUCCUUCAUAGGGGAAUCUUGUCACAACGGCGCAAUCAAACUGCUUUCCCUUAGUCUUUUAGUACCGUUUGCAUGAAGUGCAGUGCGCCUAAUCAGGCUCAUAUUGGUGUCUGUUGCUGGGUCCUGUUGCUUCAGGAUUCUGUGGAGAGACAGAGGAGGAACAUGGCGACACCUUAAGCCUUGUGAAAGCCGUUGGAUAUGACAUGGCUUACAUGUUCGCGUACAGCAUGAGGGAGAAAACCCAUGCCCACAGGAACUAUGUCGACGACGUUCCAGAUGAUGUGAAGCAGAGGAGAUUGUCUGAGCUCAUCGCUACCUUCCGAGAAACCACAGGCCAGUGCUACGACGCCCAAGUCGGAACCGUCCAGCUGGUUCUCGUGGAAGGACCCAACAAAAGAGCGCCGGAAAAGGAGCUGAUGGGGAAGAGUGACAGAGGCCACAGAGUCUCAUUCCUCAGUGAACCUCUGGAGCACUCGUUUGAGGCGGAUGGUAUGAGAAAACCUCAGAUUGGAGACUAUGUGGAAGUUCAUAUUCUAACAUCUUCACGAGCAUCUCUAUUUGGAAAGGCUCUUGCUCGUACAACCCUCGGCUCAUUCCACAAUGGGAAGGCAUCGUCCUCGAGAGAAAGAACGUGUUGA